UAUUUGGGUCACCCACCUUAUGGUCUCUUAAUCUACUCAUAGUAGAAUUUUAAAAUAGACCGAUAAUGAGUGUGGUAUUAUAAAUACAAAAUACAAAUACCUACCAAAACCAUGUAAAUAAGUUUAUUAUGAAAACACAUUUAAAAAAAGUGAAAAUUCAUAACGGCAACGAGAUUUAUGACGCCAUGUCGUGAUCAACUUUUAUUUUAAAAAACGUAACCUUUUACAUAUUAGUAUCGCGGAGCGGCGGACGACGAGGAAAGUUUUAGGUGAAAGUUUUUGUUAAUUGAUCAGACAUCUAGAGUUUAUAUUGCAUGCUCGGUGAUUUCGAAAUAAGAAAGGCUGUUUUUGGAUAUAGCAAAUUUUAUUACAUGUUUUUUAUCGAAAGCUUGUCAAUUGUUAUGUAACUAAGUACGUUAACCCACAAUGGAGUAGUAUGGCAGGUAUAAGCCCUAUAUAUACCCCUCUCCUAUAAGAGGGAGACUAUUCACUAAUUUGGUCUUUAUUAACAACUAGUAGACGCCGCGCGGUUUCGCCUGCGUGGUUCCCGUUCCCGCAGCCUACAGACUUCCUCGAUAAAUGGGCUAUCUAACACUGAAAGAAUUUUUCAAAUCGGCCAGUAUAUCCUGAGUUCAAUCAAACAAACAAACUCUUCAGCUUUAUAAUAUUAGUAUGGAUCUAUUAAAAUAAACAUCAAUGCAACUGAGAAAUGUCAUCUUCCUACUGUAUAUCCACGAAGGGUUGUCAGUAAGCACCGGAUGACAUUUGUUACAUAUCUAGCUAUGGCUCUUUAUUAUCUUGGUCGAGGCUCGAUGCUACUAAACCGUUGACCGGAACACCUAUAGAUGCUCGUAGAGACUUGGGUUUGAAUCUCUCUUAUUAUUCAUGGUUUAUUUAAAAUAUUUUUCAUAUCAAGAAUCUCAAUUUCGUAUAGGUAUAUCAACUUACAUACGUCAAAGUUAGUGAAUUAGCCUGCUGUUGUAAUGGGCCGCUUAUAUAUAUAUGAAUAAUGAUGAUGAUGAUACUACGUAAUUAACAUGCUGGUAACAAGGGGAUCGCGUUGAUUUACCUACGAUUGUAUUAAAAUGUAAUCUAAGUAGUCUCACUCUUUUUUGACGUCAAAAAUAUGAAAAACAUUUUAAAUAAAUUCCACUAAUAGAACAUGAAAUACCCGGUUUUCUCAGCAGAAAUGAAUAAUUCUGAAAUUCGGAAAUGGUCAUUUAUAUGAAAAUUGAACAUAAUAUAACAAUAUUCCACCAUCCCUUAAAUUUGAAGUUAGUAGGGGUGAAAAUAUAUUUUAACUUAUACUAUAAGGCAUUUUUGACUUUUAUAGCGUAUUAUACGCAAAACAGAAUAAAUAUAAUAGAAUAAAGAAAUAAAGAUAACAGUACCUACUUACUUACAGAUUACUAAAGAUAAAAAAUCGUUGUACACAGGUAUAAGUCUGCACGAUUUCUAAAAUGACAAAACACAAGUGCUUAUUUACAAUUUCACCAUGAGAAAGAUAGCUGUUAAGCCAUUGAAAGGCUGCGGUUGGCUCAAUAAUGGCAAUUACAGAGAAAUCAUCUCUGUACGUAUUAAGUUUGUUGAUCUGUAAUCGAUAUAAUACAACUUAUUGCUCGCGACUUUACCUGCGGAAAAUUCCAAACACAAUGAAACUCCAUUUCUAGGGUACUUGUAGAUAUUGUACAUAUGCAGGAGGCACGUCAUCUGAUCCUGCAGGCCUACUAUCAACUUUAACCUAGCGAUCCAAUUCCGACGCUAUUCAACUUCAGUGCCUAUACUGAAUCGCUUUCAUUUCGUACCAUGACAUCUCCGAAACUGAAUCGCAUUUGAAUCGUGUAUCGUGAAUGAAUGAUCGAGUUUUGUCUAUGAUCUGCAGUUGGGUCGAAAUGCGCGCGAAAGAGACAACGCUAUAUAAGUCUUGCAUAAGUUUGUCUCUUUCUCUCGAAAACUAUGCGCUGCGUUCCGUACGUAGUAAAUUAUAUCGACGGCAAGAUGUAGCUUGUUUAGUUUUAAGUUAAAUGAGUAAUAAUAGCAGUAAGAAGCGUAAAAAUACAAAAUAUAUCAAUUUUAUUAUAGUAGAGUUUAGUUAAUAGGACUUUUUGUAUAUAAUUAAAAUAUUUUGAGUGAUGUUAUUCGGACAAAAUGUAUGCAACUUAUGAACACAUCUUGUUAAACGUCAUCUUUGUUAACUGACAUUGACAAUUGACAGAUUUUUAGAUCGGAGGCAUCAGAUAUCAGACAGGCGCGAAAUUUGUAUUUGUAAUUAAUUUUAAAAAGUUAGUUAAACAUAUUUUUUAAAUUUAUUUAAAAACAGUGUAUGGUGUAGUGUUUAUAUAGUGAUAGCAAGUAAAUUGAUAUUAUGGCAGAAACAUCGAGACGCCGAGUUAGCUACGGUCAGCUAGAGCAGUUAUGGGAAUUUUUAAAUGCCAACAAAGGUAUAGCUACAGGCUAUAAUAAAACGUCCCAAGCUAGAGAUUUUUCAAAAAGGAUGUGGGAGAAUAUAGCCCAAAAUUUGAAUUCGCAUGGAGAUGGCGCUAUAAAAGAUUGGAAAGGAUGGAGUAAAUACUGGAAUGACUACAAGUCUAAAUUGAAAAAGUUGGCUGUAGCUGCUAGAGCAUCACACCAGCAGACAGGCGGAGGGGCUCCUUUGAAUCGCGCUUUAACUGAAAUAGAGAAUAAGUUUCUCUAUAUCUUAGGAGAAGAUUUUGGCUCUGGCCUGCCAGGAAUAAGGGUAGAGCCAUUGGAAACAUUAAAUGAAACUACAAACUUUAUUAAUUCAGAAGCAACUAAUUCAGUAGUUUCUGAAAGCAUAUUGGACUUGCCGAUGGUGAUAUUGGAAGAAGAGCCUGGACCUGGACCAUCAUCAUCAAGAUUAUCACCUCCUCAACCUGAAACACAUCCUUUACCAACGUCACCUCCAUUACCUACAACUCCCCCCAGGGCUGUAACUCCUAGACCAGUUCCCAUUAGCACUCCUAGACGCUCACCACGUCGCCGCAGACGCCGCGUGACCCCAUUGACGCAAGAUGCGGCUCGGAGAGAGCUUAUUAGGAUAUCCGAUAGAAGGGCAGAAAUAGAAGAAGCCAACAGAGAUACUUUGAUAAAACUUUUAGAAGAAAUAAGAGGAAUAAAAGAAAUGCUUUUGUCAAGGUAUGUCGAGCGUCCCAGAGAUGAAGUAUAAGGUUAUUUCUGCAGUUAACACCGAACUGUAGACCUUGGUUAUUGUUAACAGUGUGUUCAUUGUUAGUUGAACUUAACUGCAUUUGGGCCUCUUGCAGCACAUCUUCGU